AUGGGAAAACUAGACGAGCCAAACCUUGUUAGGAUCCGGAAUAACCAAAGGAGGUCGCGAGCUCGACACAAGGAAUAUGUGGCAGGCCUUGAAGAGCGAGUAAGGCACUGCGAACUCAAGCGUAUCGAGGCCAACUUCGAAAUACAACAAGCAGCUCGGAAAGUGGCAGACGAAAACAAGAAGAUACGAAAGCUUCUUAAUACGCUGGGAUUCGAUGAUGAAAAGAUUACCUGCUUUCUUAAAACAGGCAACCUGGAUGCCAAUGAUGCUACACCCCCAAAGUCUCUUCACGACCAGGAGAACAUGAAUCAGACAAUGGACCUUCUAUUACAACAAUCUCAUCUGUCUAUGUCCGAUUAUAAUACCUUUACAAACAACUCAUAUCCCUCCUCCGAGCUAAACAGCAUUCAUGGUAGCCAAGAGCAAUCUAGUGCUCAUGCUACGGGGGCUGAUAAGCAUAUUCAACUACAUAACUCGGACGCCAUGAAUGAUAUAUCUCUUGCACUCGAGACCCAAGGACACCCGCUAUACUCGGUAUCCCCCAGCUACCCCCCAGCUGGACCUCUGCAGCAUCCGAUUGGAUCGAUUGAUCCACCUGGCUGUUCCCAAUCGUUAGAGUCCGCUCAACACAUCAUGGACAUAGGUCGUCAGGAUUCUGUGUACAGCCGACAAGAAGCGGGAUGCGAGCCUACGAUAAAUUCAUAUUCAAGUCUGCCCUCUAUCCUGAGAGACAGCAGCUAUCCUAUGUCGCUUGAGAACAUGUUUCAGAACUCUCAAGGCCAGAACUACACGUAUUCUGAUUACUAUUCCACUAGGAAUUGCAUAAACGACAUGGCUGACGCGGCGAGUAACCUCUUAUUUUCUUUGGAUAUGACCGAUUAUCUCACCUAA